CAACGUAUGUCUUUUUGUCGUUGUUUAUACCGUGCUCCUAUACGAUUUAUUUGUUUCAGAAAACGCGCGCACGUACGCGCAAUCAUAAACAAUCCGCAGCUAUGUGCCUAGCGUGCUGCAUAUGUUUUCCAGUUAGUUGGUAUCAGUAGAUGUCAGUUGCUUAGUAGGUGUUAAACAGUGCAUAUACGAGGAUGUCGGCGAAUGAGAACGAGCUCAAUACGAUGACGACGACGACCACCACAACGGUCACGACGCCCGCCACAGCCACGACGGCUACGAUGGCGGUGUCUGAAAAAAUUACCGGGGCGACAUCGACGACGGCAGCGAUGGCCACGAUGGCGACCGAGCCAAUAACGUUAACAUAAUAGCUGUUUUAGGAAGAGCAAGAGGAAGAGGAAGAGGAAGAGGAACAGGGAAAGAAAGAGGUG